ACACUCGAAAUAAAUAAAUAAAUAAAUCAAAAUCUCCAAGAAAACUAAAUCAAACCCAUUUCUGAAAUGGCUUCAUCUUCUUCUAGACUAAGAAGUUCUUCAUCUUUCCCAAAUCUUCUCUUCACAUUUCUCAACUUCAUCCUCUUCAUGCUCUCUGCAUCUUCAAUUGUCCCAAUUUUCCUACUAAAAAACCCACCAACGACAUUCGGUUGUGCAAUUUUCUCCAUUUCUUGUCUUUCUCUUCUCUCAUCUCUUGUGGGUUUUUACUCUCAACUCACACAAUGUUGUUUCGUAACUCAUAUUACGCUCAUUUUCGCUUCGAUCACCGGUCAGGUGCUCGGAUUUUUGGCUCUGUUUACUCGAGAGAAAUCGAGUCUGAAAAUGUUGCAUUCGCAGAGAGAUCCUAAAGAACAGAUGGUUUUGGUUAGACUUGAGUGCGGCACUUUGAUGGGUAUGUUUAUGAUGCAGUUGUGUGUGUUGGUAUUGACUUGUGCUGUUCAUAAUUGCUGGGUUAGAGAGUAUGAAGGGUUGGAAGCGGAACGGGAAGCGGUGGAGAUGAAGAGGAGAUGGAAGAUUGCUAGAGUUCAGGAGGAAUCACUGGCUAAUGCAACUAAACUUGGAGAGAUUAAAGAGACUGAAUUUGAUGAGAAGAUGAAGAACAAGUAUGGGAAGUGGGUGAAAACAGAUUUUGAAGGCUAAGUGGUUGAUAUGCACUAAUGUAGUCUUCUUCUUUGUUUUCCGGGGUCAUUAUGGGAUGGCCGUGACUUAUCCCGGAGUUAAACAUGAUAGUUUACAGGGUUUUUAAGUGUUUUUCGAUGUGCCUGUAUUCCCUCUAGAGACUCAGUGUUAUUAUGAUGUGUGAAGUUUGAAUUCUAUA